UGUGUGUAGGGUGCGGUUUCUUGAGUCCAGCUGUAACCGGUUACCGGAGACUCUCAUUACAAACGGCAGCGCUGUAUGGUCAAACACUACAACAAUUAACGCACAGCUUUCUCCGGACCGGCUUUAUGAUUAAGCUACAAUCUUCAAUGAGUAAGCAUAUUCCACAGUUCUGUGGUGUUUUGGGUCACACAUUUAUGGAGUUUCUGAAGGGCAGUGGGGACUACUGCCAGGCUCAGCACAGCAUUUAUUCAGAGAAGUGAACGGUGAGCCUCACUACCUCAUCAGAAGAGAGACUUGUGUUACUGUUUUAACGUUGGCGGGAACAGGCUUGGAGAGUGGGCAUCCACAGCAGUCAGCGGGUCUGGAUGGGGUAAAAAAAUCUCAAAGUGCACUGCCUUGACAAACCUGCGUCUUCACUCUCACCAGAAGACCAGCCUUGUUUUCUAGAAUUUUUGUUUAUUUCUCUUUUUCUUUCAUUUUUCUUGCUCUUAAUCAAACCCACCUCUGGAUCACAACUCUCUUGGUUGUAUUCGCCAAUUUUUUACAGGAGAGUGUAAUCACAUUCAUUUUUAAAGAUUUAAAAGCCAAUUUGAAUAGUCAAAAAUGGCUCGAAUGAAUCGACCUGCCCCAGUGGAGAUCACUUACAAAAACAUGCGAUUUCUCAUUACCCACAACCCCACUAAUGCCACCCUUCAUAAAUUCAUUGAGGAACUGAAGAAGUAUGGGGUGACCACAGUUGUUAGAGUGUGUGAAGCCACAUAUGAUGCAAACCUGGUUGUUAAAGAGGGGAUUCAGGUUUUGGAUUGGCCCUUUGAUGAUGGAGCUCCUCCUUCUAACCAGAUUGUUGAUGAUUGGCUUAAUCUGCUUAGGGUUAAAUUUAGGGAGGAGCCAGGCUGCUGCAUUGCUGUACAUUGUGUAGCUGGCCUUGGAAGAGCCCCAGUGCUAGUUGCCCUAGCCCUGAUUGAGUGCGGAAUGAAAUACGAGGAUGCUGUUCAGUUCAUACGACAAAAGCGCCGUGGAGCAUUUAACAGCAAGCAGCUCUUCUAUCUGGAGAAAUAUCGUCCCAAAAUGCGACUUCGCUUCAAGGAUUCCAACAGCCAUCGCAACAACUGCUGCAUUCAGUAAAAGCUAGUUGAUCAGCCUUUCUAAAAUGUGUAAACAGAAAAUGUAUCUAACAUGAGUAGUUUGUUCUCUUAAUUGGAAACUGUGAGAAUAUGUUACAAAAAUUAAGCUUAUUUUAUUAAGAGUGUCCUCCCCACCCUUUUGUUUUACAUUUGUUCCUGUGGAAAACAUCUGUCAGCAAGUUAAAGUGCUUGUUUGCUUGUUUUUAAAGGGCGGUUGGAACAUGAGCUAGGUGUAUGCAAUUACGUUUUCAAUGGUUGGUGAUCAUGGUUAAUUGCAACUCUGCCAAACACAUGGUAUGCUUUUGUCUAAAUGGUCUUAAAAAAAAAUUUUCAUUUUUUUUUUGUUAUUGAUGAAUUUUUGUCUCUGUUAUGUAUGCCUCUAAGAAAAUCUAAAAUGCCUUAUUACAGCAUCUAGUGGAGGGUUUCUCAGUGGCAUUUGGAGAGGUUUCUAAAUGAGUGUGUUUACAUGCACAACAGUACAAUGUUAACCAUUCAAAUCAGCUUAUACACCGUAAGAAACUCAUGUUUAUGUGUGAUUUGAAAUUGUAUUUAUUAUUCCCCGCUUUUGACCUCAAAACGUAAACUGACAUGUUCACAACACUUGCGCACAUAAACUGGUAAGAAUACCUUUUAGAGGUGUUUACAUGCAACACAAAAUCGGGGUAAUGAUCAAAAAUCUAUGUGAGCUGUUUUUUUCUUCCAAUUUCGCUCUGCAUGUACACACAUUUACCUGGUUUCUUGCCAGCUUAACCAAUGUGCGCAAGUCUAGUGCUCGUGCAGGUUUACGUUUUGACAUUAAAAGCAGAGAAUAAGGUCAGAAACACUUUACGCAAGUAAUUGACAAUUAAUUGCCAAUGCAUGGUCCGGUUGAACAUACAUAAUGUGCGUACUUGCAUUACUGUGGCGAUUAAAAACAUCUCCGUACUCGAGGACGAUUACCUUUAAAAGUCUGUGCCAUUUAAUGUCCUUUGUGGGGGGUAAAGGAAAACAAAAUCUCUUCAUAUACAUUUAUUGAAGGUUGGAGUAAUAGUUUUUGUUGUUUAUCCAAACUUUGUUUACCUGUUACUGCCAUGUCAAUAGUGUGAUGUUUGUGUUUUGGCUUAAAGCAGGAAUUCAAUGUCUAAAGGCAUUUUUAGGCCUUUUUAUUUGGUGUGCAUAACUUAAUAUUUCAAUACUUGAUUUAUGUACAGUAUUUGAAAAUGUGUACUGUUAUAUCACCUAUUUAUAUCAAUGGAUAUGUGUUUUAGUUUAGUGAGAGAUAAGUUGCAACAAGUUCGCCAAUUUAAGAGUAAAAUAAACAGAAGAUGCACUGAAGGAA